AUGCAGAAGGUCGGGAAGGAAGGGCUCACCCAGAACGACAUCGAUGAAGAUGUCGAGAAGUGGAAUGAGACGCAGACCGAACACGGCGAAGACUUGGACCGAGACGUUCUCAGGCGACAGCACCAGACGUCCGAAGCAAAGCUGGAUCCGGAGGUCGCUGCUUCAUCUAACACGGAUGAACAUGUACCAUGGUAUUUGCAGGUCGACACAUCGCUUGAAAGGACGAACAACGUGAUCUCAGAGCGUCAGCGGCUUCCAGAUCUGCCUGAACAUCCACCAACAAUCCUCCAACCAUUACUUGAGCGGGUGUCUGUCGAGCUAGGUAUGGACGAUCUUUCACUACUGGACUUACGAGCGAUCGAACCGCCUCCUGCUCUGGGUGCCAAUCUGUUUAUGAUCAUUGGUACUGCUCGAUCCGAAAAGCACCUUCACUUCUCUGCCGACAAACUUUGCCGAUGGUUGCGCACCGAGUUCCACCUGAGGCCUGUCGCCGAUGGUCUACUGGGAAGACAAGAGCUGAAACUCAAGACAAGAAGACGAGCAAAGAAGUCAAGAUUGCUUUCUGCUGUGGGUGCGAAGUCAACGGCGGACACAGAGCUGGACGAAGGGAUUCGAACAGGUUGGAUAUGCGUGAAUGUGGGCAAGGUUGAAGGUGGACAGCUGCCGAGAUCACCGGAACAGAUCGAAAGAGAGAAGGAUAUUGUCGGGUUCGGAACGGAGAUCACAGGCUCGCACAUCGUUGUGCAACUUCUCACGGAGGAUAAACGGGGCGAAAUGGAUCUAGAGAAGCUAUGGACAACCAUUCUGAGGAGGUCGAAGAGAGAAAGGGAUUACUUAGAAGAGAAGGAGCCCGAUCUAGCGGAGCAUGAGCUCGAGGCUUCGUCUGAUGUGUCCGCCGGCAAAGACAACUCCAACCAAGCUCAUCCAGCUGGACAAAGUUCCUAUCAUCCCAUGAUGACCUCGGUCUCGCAGCAGCACGCCCGAGCCUAUCACACCUCUGCUCGCACAUUAAACGGCAUGACCGUCGUCCAUCGGCCUGUAAGCGACCAUUUGCGACAUCCGUCUCGAGAUUCACAAGACCCUGACCGAGUCACAGGCACUGAUGCCUCACUGGCAGAACUGACUUCCGUCGUAUCUGCGCUACAAAAGAUGCCCCCUUCCGCUGCGCUUGAGGCCCUCGGACCCAGCUUCGACGCUCGGUCUUUAAUCCCCGAAGACGCUCAUGUAGGCCAAGCCGACGCCGAGGGAGGUGGCUCGACGCCACUCGUCGAUGCAUUCAACAAAGCCAUGCCGCAUUUCCCACAACCAGCCCAUUGGCAUGCCCGGGUGCAAUUAAUCUGUCACGCGUAUCGGCUGGAGCAUCCAGGGUGUGAUGAGAGCAGUAUCAUGCUGGCAUUCGAACAGAUGCGUUUGUCAGGGGUUGUACCAAAUGAACUUUCGUACAUUACAGCACUUGUGUCGCUGCUCAAGGAUAGCGACAACAAUCUCGAUACCUAUGAGCCACGUCUGGAAACGGUAUUCGAUCUGCUAGAAGAGAUGGACGGCUAUGGAUACAAUGCUCUACGGCCAGAAAUCCUUCAACUGCUGCACCAGUGUCUUGUGGGCCAGCCUACUGGCUCUUCUAUCACGACGGUCCAGACCCUCCUUCCUGCUCUUUCAAUCGCCACGCUCAAGCGGCAUCUUGCUUCUCAAGAUAUUGUAAAGUUCUGGCGUGCAUGGUGCAGUUAUCCACGACGCUUUCUCCCGAGGCAAGGAGAUAUGUAUGUCGUUCUUUUUGAUGCGAUUGCGAACGAACAGCUUGCCGCCGACGUUCGAGGUGCAAGAGAAAUGGUUGGCAUGAACCUCGUAGACAUGGAAGUUGAGGAGCCUGCGGUAGCAGUGGAGCAGGAGUGCGUUGAGCUGGCAAUGUCGGUGUUCAAGGCAAUGCGCUUUGCCGAUCCUGAUGACCAGCUUCGGGAAUGGGAUGGGAUGAGAGGGCGGUGUGAGGCUGUUCUGCGAGCAGCUUUGGCCAAGAGAUGA